CGGGCUGGCUGUAUCUUUUGUAUGGAUUACAAUAACUUUUCUCGUCACGAUGAUUACUUCGGCUUGGUUCGUCAAUUUUUACCUAUAUCAGAGGUGUUGGUUUCGAAACUUCAUCAGUUGAAAAACUUUGGGUACGAUUUUGAUGAAGGACACAUGUUUGGCUUCAGCUAUGGGGCUCAUCUGGCGCUGGACUCGUUAAGAAGAUUUGGUCCCGGAAAACUGGGCGCUCUGGAUGUUUGUGAACCAGCUGGCCCCGGGUUCGAUGGAGAUCAGCAGUAUCGUGAAAAAGAUCCCAGAGAAGCCGCAAAAAAUGUUCAGUGCAUACAUACGAGUGAAAACUACGGUACGCACGAGCGAAAGUGCCACCAAAACUGGAAUCUUGGCCGUUGUGGAAAAUCACAGGAUGCCGCUGGUCCAUACCCAAAAGGAUCCCAUGGUCUAUGUCCGUACAUGUACAACAGCGCUUUCAAGUAUGACUUUUUGGCCAUGCCCAACAAACACAAGUGCGAAACGAAUCGUCUCGCGCCGCAAUGGCCAAAGGGCUAUCGAAUGGGCUACUUCACGGAUCGUAAAAGCGACGUUUUGGGUGAUCUUUUUGCGGCUACUACGAGGGAGUAUCCUUACUUCGAUAAUACCUUCGCUAACGAAGUCAAUGAAGUUUAA